AUGUGCGGCAACAACAUGUCCGCGCCGCUGCCCGCCAUCGUCCCGGCCGCGCGGAAGGCGACGGCUGCCGUCAUCUUCCUUCAUGGAUUGGGAGAUACUGGGCAUGGAUGGUCAGAAGCACUUGCAGGUAUCAAAAGUCCUCAUGUAAAAUACAUCUGCCCACAUGCGCCAGUUAUGCCAGUUUCUUUAAACAGGAACAUGGCUAUGCCAUCAUGGUUUGAUAUUAGUGGACUUUCUCCAGAUUCACAGGAAGAUGAAGCAGGAAUCAAGCAGGCAGCAGAGAAUGUUAAAGCACUGAUAGAUCAAGAAGUAAAAAGUGGAAUUCCUUCUCAUAGAAUUAUCCUGGGAGGCUUUUCUCAGGGAGGUGCUCUGUCAUUGUACACAGCACUUACAACACAGCAAAAAUUGGCAGGUGUUGUAGCGCUCAGCUGCUGGCUUCCUUUACGGGCUUCUUUUUCUCAGGGCCCUAUCAGUGGAGUCAACAGGGAGAUCCCUGUUCUUCAGUGCCAUGGGGACUGUGACCCAUUGGUUCCUUUAAUGUUUGGUUCUCUUACUGUUGAGAAGCUGAAGAGUUUGAUAAAUCCAGCCAACGUAACCUUCAGGACUUACUCCGGCAUGAUGCAUAGCUCGUGUAUUGAGGAAAUGAUGGAUGUAAAACAGUUCAUAGACAAGCAUCUACCUCCCAUAGACUGAAUUGAUGUGCGAGAGGCCUUCUGUACAAAUACACCAGCAGCAACUGUGGUAGAGUGUUAAUCUUUUCACAUGCCUGAUAGGAUGCGUUACUUCUACACCUGCAGUGUUACUACUGUGUUGCAAAUUUAUACUUACGACAAGACUGAAAAAUCAUACAUGUACAAGAAAUGAUUAUAACUAAAAAGAUUAUCACCCACUGAUCAGACUGUAAGAAUGAGGCAGCUGGGUAACCAUGCCAGAAUGUAAUCUGCACCUGCCAUUUUAAGAUAUGACUGAUUUUUUGAUUGUGGAAUUUUAAAGUAUUUGUAUAAGCAAUUAAGGGCUCAAUUWGAGUGAGCAACAUAAAUGUGACCGUUUGGUAUACUUGAGAUAGGAUCUUAAUCAUCACUGAAAAUACAUUAAAACGUUUUGUUUAACUGAUAGAUGUGUAAACUACACAGUAUGUUCCGGUCAGCAUAUGAUGGUAGAAUGAAUGUUAUUGAGGACAAAGCUUUAAGUAUUAAAUGUUAAUCCUUGCUCCAGGUAAGGAAGGUAGCUCUCUUCCAGGAAUGAAUGUAACUCAACGAAAGUACUUCCUGUAUUUAAACCACCCUUAUUUGUAACUGCUUUCAUACAGGAAGGUACAGUGGAAAUCUAAAGGGACUCAUUCUGUCUUAGACUAUCAUACAUCACUGCUUUUUUUUUGACAUUUGUUUUUAGAUUACCAUAAAAUAAUGUCAGAUUUUGAUUUAGAACAGAAUUCUGAAGAACUGUAUAGAAUUAAUUUGAGUUUCAUUAAAAAAAAAAUCUUGUUUUCAAAUUGGAUAUUCAUCUUGUGCUUCAGUCAUUGUACUUUUUAUUUGUCUAGAAAUGUUAAUGAUGUAUUUUGCAUGAACAAUUCCAGCAUACAAUUUUGAUUUUUUUUUGUCUCCUUUGUAGUAACCAAAUGAAAAUAGUGGCACUCUGCAGUUUUGCAUUGUUGAAGUCUACUCUGCAACACAGGCACUGGCUAAUCUUAAAUCGUCAGUACUAUAAUGGAAAUAUGAGUGGAAGUGAGAUAACUUAAUCUUAAAAUUGAUAMCUUCUAAUGCUUUUAUUGUAUGCCCAGCUUUUUUUUUUUGAAAAAGAAUGUGAAAUUUUAUUUUCAAAUGUAUCAUUCUGCAUUUACCUAGAUCAGUUUAGCAGAGCAUUAUGAAGACCAGCUAUGAAAAAAAAYUAAAUGAUUCAGAAUAUCUUUUAUUUCAGAAGCCUAAAAUUCUGUAGCACAGUGUGSUGCAGAAUUUGAUGAGUCCUGCCCAGCAGCCUUUUGCAGUUGAAGCCUUAAUGCACUUUCUGGAAACAGCUCUUCAGAAGAGUUAAGAGGCAGCACUAGGAGUGUUUAAAAAAUUACAUUAUAGUAUCUACUACAUACUAUGCUAUAUGACCAAAUGCUCUAUACAGAAAUGUUUGCAAGCAGAGAGUGUUAAUGUUUUGGUUGUGUCUGUCGGCAGCGCUGUUUUUCGUAUCUGUGUAUAAAGUUCUUAUUCUUGUCCCACUUAAUCAGAUGAUCCUCUUAAAGUGUGUAUCAGCUCACACUAGAGACGUAUGCCAGUACAAAUACGUAAAUCGGGAAUUAAUGCAUUAAUUGCAUUAUGUGUUAGACUUCUUUAUAUAGCUGCUACCAGAAAUUUGAAUUAUUGAUUCGUUUGAGUACUCAGUUUUCCUUGCUCCUCUUGGGCUGUGUUGCACUUCAUCUUUAGGAAACUGUUUUUCUUUGCUAAUGCAUUUCRCUGGGUUAUAAAAUAUCUCUUAACACACAUAAUUGAAGAGGAGUUUUUCCCAAAUGGCACUGAAACACUUUCAGACAUUGUUUCCCUCUGGAUGAAGGAGUAUUCUAUUAGCUUUCCCUCAGUCACACUUCUUUUUAUGUUUGCCAGUUUGUCUUUCAGUAAUUUAUUUAACAAAGGAAACCACAGUAUUCUCAUUGUAGUUGUGCCAAAAUUAUGUUGAGAAAACAGUAUCUCCCAGCUGUAGUCAUUCCCAAAUUUCAUUAGCCAAUCUUGUAAUCCUGCUGACUUGCAAAUUUGGUAAGCAAACUCCAUGUUAUUUCCCCUAGCUUUUAGCUUGAUCUCCAUUCCUCUGUUGUCUUCAUUAUUCCUGGAAUAUUGGCAUAUAUUCAAAGGUUUGCACAUGCUUGUGAUUUUUUUUCUUAUUAUCUAGCCUUUGGAAAUUCUCUGAUAUUUCUUUUCAGAUUCUAAUUCAGUAUCUGUGUUUGUUCAUUUCACAAACAUGUUCUUUCUUCUGUUGGAAUUAAUCAAAAACUAUUUCUAAGAUGUUAAAAUGAGACCAGCUCCAGCUUUAUUCUUAGUAGUUCUUAGUAUUUGUAGUGCUAGCUUCGUUAAYACUUGCUGUUUGCAUUCUGUUCAGAGCUUAUGGCCUCUUUCUAGAACUUACACGUUUUUAUUCAAGUCACCUUCAGCUGUUGUCUCUGAUCUUUUCAAACAUUCUUCUAGAAGGGAGUGCUUUGUGUGCUAAGUAUAAUAGUAUGCUUAAUAAUAAGCAUAAUAAUAUGCUCAGCAUAAUAAGAUUAUUUUUUAUACUGUUGUGUGGCUGCUUGCUCCAUCUACAAAGAGCUGUGUUGCCAAUAUAAAUGUAAGUAAAUGUCUUGACUCGUUCUGAACUUGCCUGUUCUAGGAAGAAAUCUUCCUCUCAAUUUUUAUUUUCGCAGAGGAAGAUGAGUAUAUUGUAAUUGGGGUUGCUAAAGAACCCCAACGCUGGAAGAAGCUUCAAAGAUCAAUUUGAAGCCUGCAGUUUCUCCUCCCGUAGUACAGCCAUGAGACUCCCGGGUCUCUCGAGCUCCUGCCUUUCGCAAAGUCACAGCUAAUUGGAAACCUCAGUGUAUGAUUCUGUUGUCAAAGUUCAAUUCCUGAUGUGAUUUGUUGCUGGGAUUUUUGUCAUAACUGGCAUGUAUUUUAGGCUAAUAGUUCGGCCUCUUAGUAGAACAAAAGAAAAAGGUGGGGGGAGGGGAAAGGGAAGUGUCGGACUGUUCAGUCCUCGUAACCUAAAAUUUGAACCUAUCCAAUAAUGAACAAUAUACUUGUAAUGUUUAAAACUUUGCCAAAAGAGAGAGAAUACCUAUCAAGUCUGUGAAAACGUUACUGUGAACACAUGCUUUGUUUGCAGACCACUUUAUUUCAAUGGGUAUACAACUCCUUAAUACUACACUUUAAAUUCAAAUUGAUUCCUAAAUUUAACUGUAGUUUUGUGUAGACAAAUGUCUGAGUUCUUUUUGGAAUUCUGCCUAUCUAUUAAAUACAGAUAAAAUUAUUAUGUAUUGUAGGCUGAAUCCUCUAGGUGUUCUUGAGGUAAAACUAUUUUGGGGUCUCUGUUGAGGUCUGUAUGUUUUGGUCUUUGCCUCUUACCUUGUAUAAUUACAACACAGUAGAUUGCUACAAAGCACUGCACACUGCAACUGGUAUUAGAAAAGUUAAUUAAAACGUGUU